CACACACCGGAAAACAGCUGAUGUCAUUGAGAGAACGACACACUGCCACCGAUAACCGGGAAUAUACACACUUAUCGCGUAACCCUAAGCUACUGAUAGAGCAUCACGCUCCCCCUGUCUAUCUCUGGCUGGUCUCUCUGCCCCCCUCUGACCUGGGGAUGAAUGCGCCAAUGAGGAGCCAGCUCACAGGUAUGCCUGAUCGCAUGUUAUGUGCAGUGCUGGAGCAAUUUCAGCUUUACUUUUCCCUUUGAUCCACUCUCUGUAUAGUACGGCCAGCCCCAGCAUGCUGAAGAGGAAGCAGAGCUCAAGGGUUGAGGCCCAGCCCAUGACUGACUUUGGGCCCGACGAAACCCUCGCCGACAGCGCCGACAUCUUCUGGAUCAACAAACCAUGGGUGCAUUCUCUGCUGCGAGCCUGUGCCAUCAUCAGCGUCAUCAGCGUGUGUAUGAACACACCCAAGACGUUUGAGCACUACCCCCCGCUGCAGUACGUGACCUUUACCCUGGACACGCUGCUCAUGUUCCUCUACACCGCCGAGAUGAUCGCCAAGAUGCACAUCAGAGGAAUCAUCAAGGGUGAUAACUCGUACGUCAAGGAUCGCUGGUGUAUGUUUGACGGCUUCAUGGUCUUCUUCCUCUGGGUGUCUCUGGUGCUUCAGGUGUUUGAGAUAGCGGAUGUUGUUGACCAGAUGUCUCCCUGGGGCAUGUUGAGAAUCCCCAGAGCCCUCAUCAUGAUCCGAGCCUUCAGGAUCUACUUCCGCUUCGAGCUGCCACGCUCACGCAUCACCAACAUCCUCAAGCGAUCAGGGGAACAGAUCUGGAGUGUGUCGAUAUUCUUGCUCUUCUUCCUCCUUCUGUAUGGAAUUCUGGGAGUUCAGAUGUUCGGAACGUUCAAUCAUCACUGUGUUACCAACGACACAACGAAUGGUACUGUGACAUGGAACAGCCUGGCCAUCCCUGACACCCACUGUUCGCCAGACGGGGAGGGCUACCUGUGUCCUUUGGGCUUUAAGUGUGUGGACUUGGAAGAACUGGGGCUCAGCAGACAGGAGCUGGGCUACAGCGGCUUCAACGAGCUCGGUACCAGUAUCUUCACCGUGUACGAGGCAGCCUCUCAGGAGGGCUGGGUGUUCCUUAUGUACAGAGCCAUCGACAGUUUCCCUCGCUGGCGCUCCUACUUCUACUUCAUCACACUCAUCUUCUUCCUGGCCUGGCUUGUCAAGAAUGUUUUCAUUGCGGUCAUCAUUGAAACGUUUGCUGAGAUCAGAGUUCAGUUCCAGCAGAUGUGGGGGUCCCGAAGCAGCACCACCUCUACUGCUACCACACAGAUGUUCCACGAGGACUCGGCUGGAGGAUGGCAGCUUGUUGCUGUGGACGUCAACAAACCACAUGGCCGCGCACCAGCCUGCCUCCAGCAACUGAUGCGCUCCUCCAUCUUCCACAUGUUUAUUCUGACUAUGGUUGCCGUAGACGUAAUCGUUGCGGCUAGCAACUACUACAAGGGCGAGAACCACCAAAGGCACUAUGACGAGUUCUACCUGGCUGAGGUUGCCUUUACAGUGCUGUUUGACCUGGAGGCUAUGCUUAAGGUCUGGUGCCUGGGCUUCACGGGCUACAUCAUCUCCUCUCUACACAAGUUUGAGUUGCUGCUGGUGGUGGGGACCACCCUGCACAUCUACCCUGACCUCUACCACUCCCAGUUCACCUACUUCCAGGUACUGCGAGUGGUGCGUCUGAUAAAGAUCUCCCCGGCACUAGAGGACUUUGUGUACAAGAUCUUUGGUCCCGGUAAGAAGCUGGGCAGCUUGGUGGUGUUCACAGCGAGCCUGCUCAUAGUCAUGUCAGCCAUCAGUCUACAGAUGUUCUGCUUCGUGGAGGAACUGGACCGAUUCACCACCUUUCCCAGAGCAUUCAUGUCUAUGUUCCAGAUCUUAACCCAGGAGGGUUGGGUGGACGUGAUGGACCAAACUCUUGUGGCCGUUGGUCAAAUGUGGGCUCCCGUAGUGGCUAUCUACUUCAUCCUAUACCAUCUGUUCGCUACUCUGAUUCUGCUCAGUCUUUUCGUGGCCGUCAUCCUUGACAAUCUAGAGUUGGAUGAAGACUUGAAGAAACUCAAACAACUGAAGCAAAGUGAGGCGAACGCAGAUACCAAAGAGAAGCUGCCCCUACGUCUAAGGAUCUUUGAGAAGUUUCCUAAUCGCCCCCAAAUGGUCAAGAUCUCCAAGCUGCCUUCUGAUUUCACUGUGCCCAGAAUCAGGGAGAGUUUCAUGAAGCAGUUCAUCGAUCGGCAGCAGCAGGACACCAGCUGUCUGUUCCGCCGCCUUCCUUCUGCAUCCUCCUCUUCCUGUGACCAUUCCAAGCGAUCCGCCAUAGAAGACAACAAAUACAUCGACCAGAAGCUCCGCAGGUCAAUAUUCAGCAUCAGAGCUCGCAACCUCCUGGAGAAGGAAACUACUAUCAAUAAAAUUCUCCGGGCUUGUACCAGACAGCGUAUGCUGAGUGGAUCCUUCGAGGGCCAACCACUGAAAGAGCGCUCCAUCCUCAGUGUCCAACACCAUAUACGCCAAGAACGCAGGUCUCUGAGACAUGGCUCCACUAGUCAGAGGAUCAGCAGAGGAAAGUCCCUGGAGACACUCACACAAGAUCAUUCCAGUACAGUGCGUUAUCGUAACGCCCAGCGAGAAGAUAGUGAGAUCAAGAUGAUCCAGGAGAAAAAGGAGCAGGCCGAGAUGAAGCGGAAGGUCCAGGAAGAGGAACUGAGGGAGAACCAUCCUUACUUUGACAAACCUCUCUUCAUUGUGGGGAGAGAGCACCGCUUCAGAAACUUCUGUAGGACUGUAGUGCGGGCACGCUUCAAUGCAUCCAAAACAGAUCCUGUAACAGGAGCGGUGAACUCCAAAUACCACCAGCUUUAUGAUCUCCUGGGGCUGGUUACCUAUCUGGACUGGGUGAUGAUCGUAGUGACCAUCUGCUCCUGUAUCUCCAUGAUGUUUGAGUCUCCUUUCACCAGGGUCAUGCAUGUACCCACUCUACAGAUAGGAGAGUAUGUCUUUGUCAUCUUCAUGAGUAUCGAGCUGAACCUGAAGAUCAUGGCGGACGGCCUGUUCUUUACUCCCACGGCCGUCAUCAGAGACUUCGGAGGAGUCAUGGACAUCUUCAUCUACCUCUGUAGUCUGAUCUUCCUGUGUUGGCUGCCUCCUAACGUUCCGCCGGAGUCUGGGGCUCAGCUGUUGAUGAUGCUGAGGUGUCUUCGCCCCCUACGCAUCUUUAAACUGGUGCCCCAGAUGAGGAAGGUGGUGCGGGAGGUCAUCAAGGGUUUCAAGGAGAUUUUCCUGGGUAUCUACAUCCACGUGUUUGUCUUUCUGGGCUGUAUGAUUGGACUCACUCUGUUUGUCGGAGUGGUCAUCGCUAACUUCAAUGAGAACAAGGGUACUGCUCUGCUGACAGUGGACCAGAGGAGGUGGGAGGACCUGAAGAGUCGACUGAAGAUUGCCCAGCCUCUCCACCUCCCCCCACGCCCAGAGAAUGCAGGGUUCCGUGCCAAGAUGUAUGACAUCACUCAGCACCCCUUCUUCAAACGGGGUAUCGCUGUGCUGGUUUUGGCCCAGUCAGUGCUGCUGUCUGUCAAGUGGGACGUAGAUGACCCAGUAACAAUGCCACUUGCUACCAUGUCAGUGGUCUUCACCAUUAUCUUUGUGUUAGAGGUGACGAUGAAGUUCAUAGCUAUGUCCCCGGCGGGGUACUGGCAGAGCAGACGGAACCGCUACGAUUUACUGGUGACAAUACUGGGAGUCAUCUGGAUAGUCUUGCACUUUGCUCUACUGAAUGCAUAUACUUACAUGAUGGGCACCUGUGUGAUCGUCUUCAGGUUCUUCACCAUCUGUGGGAAGCAUGUGACUCUGAAGAUGCUACUGCUGACAGUCGUGGUCAGUAUGUAUAAAAGCUUUUUCAUCAUCGUGGGAAUGUUCCUCCUCCUCCUCUGCUACGCCUUCGCUGGAGUCGUCCUAUUCGGAACCGUCAAAUACGGAGAGAACAUCAACAGGCAUGCUAACUUCUCCACGGCAGGCAAGGCCAUCACGGUUCUGUUCCGUAUUGUCACUGGGGAAGACUGGAAUAAGAUCAUGCAUGACUGCAUGGUGCAGCCUCCGUUCUGCACCCCCGAUAAGCAUCGCUACUGGGAGACGGACUGUGGGAACUACGCAGGGGCACUCAUCUACUUUUGCUCCUUCUAUGUCAUCAUUGCUUACAUCAUGCUCAACCUCCUCGUGGCCAUCAUCGUGGAGAACUUCUCUCUCUUCUACUCCACUGAGGAGGACCAGCUACUGAGCUACAACGACCUCCGACACUUUCAGAUUAUCUGGAACAAUGUGGAUGACAAGAGAGAGGGAGUGAUCCCAACAUCUCGGGUGAAGUUCCUGCUGCGUCUGCUGAGGGGCAGGCUAGAGGUAGACCUGGAUAAGGACAAGCUGCUGUUCAAACACAUGUGCUAUGAGAUGGAGAGGCUGCACAACGGAGGGGACGUCACCUUCCACGACGUGCUCAGUAUGUUGUCGUACCGCUCAGUGGAUAUCAGGAAGUCUCUACAGCUGGAGGAGCUGCUGGCUAGAGAGCAGCUGGAGUACACCAUAGAAGAAGAGGUGGCCAAGCAGACCAUACGCAUGUGGCUCAAGAAGUGCCUCAAACGCAUCCGUGCUAAGCAGCAACAGUCAUGCAGCAUCAUCCAUAGCCUGAGAGAGAGCCAGCAGCAGGAGCUCAGUCGCUUCCUCAACCCCCCCAGCAUACAGACCACCCUGCCUAGUGAGGACAUCAAUGCUAACCAGGACCAUUCAACACAGCCAGAGUUGAGUGGUCUCCAACAGCUGCUGAGUCCUACUCUGUCAGACCGUGGGGGAUACAGGCAGGACUCCUCAGAACGCCCUCAGAGGAAACUGGGACAGUGGAGACUACCUGCAGGUCGUACCAGUGUCAAGUCCAUGGUGUGUAAGAUGAACCCUGUGAGUGACGAAGCCUCCUCGGGGUCAGAGGUCAAGAAAUGGUGGACGCGUCAGCUGACCGUUGAGAGUGACGAGAGUGGUGAUGACCUCAUAGAUAUUUAAAGGGGAAACUCAGAAGAUUCAACCACGUUCACAUAUCGAACGAGAACUAGGAUAGACCACUAUAGCUCAGAGUACUCGGUGUCAAUACAGUACUCUGGUGGUUGAAACCUUUCUUGAAACGUUUUUUUCAAGCAUAUCCCAUUCAUACUUGACUGAUCGGGGAAGUGACAGCGUGGACAUCCUCCUCACAAGUCUCUCCAUCAGCAGCCGUCUUACAUCUGUGGGACGUUAGGAUCAGUUUUUUUCUCAAAAUGGCGGCUUGUGGACACAGGAAAAUGUCUCUUGGUUUGCAGUUAAGGCCAUUUCAAGAACGUUGAUUGUUAGAAACACCGCUUUAGCUGUUUGGUUUAAAGGCUGUAUAUGAAUGUACAAAGCCAAUCCCAUGACACCAUUCAUUCCUAUGUGAAGACUCAAUAGCCCAUUUGAAGCCAAAAAAGUCAGUUAAGAUGGCGUCUAAAGAAGACCUAACAUACGCAGUUUGAGCUACUCCAGGAAGUGACAUUGCAGGCCAGCUCAGUGCUUCCCCCUCUCAUUGAGUAUCUCAGGUUAAAGUCCGACCGGGGUACUGCAGGCUGCAAUUUGCAACUAAAUCGAGGCAACAAUAAACAUGUCGUCCCCCACGAAUGAUGCAGCGUCCCCCUUGGGCCAAUCCGUGUGAUUUUGUAAAUGAUGGAUCUGUAUGGCAAGACUCAUCAUUCACCCAAGUUUCAUCAAAAUCGGGCAAGUGGUAUCUGAGAUUUUGUGUGUGACUAAUGCACGUACAUUUGAUUACUAUAGUGCACCCUUUGGCCAAUCAGUGUAAUUUUGGAAAUGACGGAUCUAUGUAGCAAGACGCAUCAUUCACCCAAGUUUAGUCAAAUUCGGGCCAGUGGUGUCUGAUAAUUGUAUGGGUAAGCUAGAGGAAUAGCGUUUUAAGAUCAAGUUUCGUGCAGAUCGGUCAUCCGGUGCCAGAGGAGUAGCGUUUUAAGAUCAAGUUUCGUGCAGAUCUGUCAUUCGUGCCAGAAGGAGUAGCGUUUUAAGAUCAAGUUUCG